AUGGUGCGGACCGCGAAGGAAGCCCUUAGCUGGAUUUCAGAAGGGGACUGGGAGUUCCGUCUCGCCCGGUUCCUCCUGACCUACAGGAUGACGCCUAACCCCAUCACAGGUCACAGCCCCGCCGAACUGCUAAUGGGCCAGCACCCGAUAAUGCUGCUGGAUCGACUGCACCCCGACCGGGCACCGGGCUCGAGGAGGUUGACCGAACAGCGGGAGGCUUCGAGGGGGUUCUUCCCAGGGGACCCAGUGUUCCUCUGGAACUACAGGUCCGGACCCCCUUGGAUAGCGGGCCGUGUCAAGGGUUCAGUCUCCUAUGAGGUGUCAACAGAGGAUGGUCGACUUCUGCAGAGACACAUCGAUCAACUGCGGAGGCAGCAACUCCCGGAGCCGCCCCCCCCCCAGUUGACGACCGGGACGGGCGUUCCCAUUCAGGAACCCGACAUCCCAGCCAAAACCCAUCCCAGCGAAGAGGCUAUGCCAGGCGGCUCUCUUCCGGAGGGAAUCGAACCUAUAGCCCGACAGCCGGCCCCACAACUGGCGCAGCCACCCCUUGGCUGUGUGGCGCAACCACACAGCCAAGCAGCUGGAACCAGAGCAGUGCUACCUAAAGAGCUGCUGAUUCAAGAUGUUCUUAGUACAUACAAGGAGAUUUUCCUGCAGUAUUUAAACAAAGCAAGAAGUCUUGUAAAUGAAAAGUAUGCUGGGAUUGAACCAUUGCAACUCAUAGCGUUAACAGUUGCUGCUACCCUUCUGGUGGUAUGGCUAUAUACAUUCAUCACCCAACUAGAUGAUAUAAAGUUACGAGCUAAAAAAUGGUUCUUCAGAACAGUACGAAAAUUGCCUAUUAUUGGCCCUGUGAUACAGAAGAAGUUGAACAAGGCUUUGGAUGAUGUGGUUUCUUUUUUGCCUUUUCUGAACUCUGGAAAGCCAUAUGUCCUAACACUGCCUGCCAAAGGCCUGAGUCAACCAGAAGUAUUACAGAAGUUGAAGGAGUACAGCUCAGCUGGAAAAGUACGCUGGGAAGAUGGCAGGGUUUCAGGAACGGUCUACAGUGGGGAAGACAAACUUACUAAACUGCUAGUGAAGGUCUAUGAGGAAUUUGCAUGGAGUAACCCUCUUCAUCCAGAUGUAUUCCCAGGCGUGAGGAAAAUGGAAGCAGAAAUAGUCAGAAUGACUUGCACACUCUUCCAUGGUGGACCCAGUUCUUGUGGAGUAUUGACCUCUGGUGGAACUGAGAGCAUCUUGAUGGCGUGUAAAGUCUACAGGGACAUGGCUCAUGAAAAAGGAAUCAAGUACCCAGAAAUCCUGGCUCCAGUGAGUGCCCAUGCGGCUUUUGACAAGGCCGCUCAUUAUUUUGGGAUGAAGAUGGUGCACAUUCCAUUGACCAAGAAUAUGCAAGUAGACGUGAAGGCAAUGAAGAGAGCCAUUUCCAGGAACACAGCAAUGCUAGUCUGCUCAUCACCCCAGUACCCUCAUGGGAUCAUAGACCCAAUUGAAGAGGUGGCAGAGCUUGCAGUGAAAUACAAGAUUCCCUUCCAUGUGGAUGCCUGCCUAGGAGGGUUUCUCAUUGUCUUUAUGGAGAAGGCAGGUUUCCCUUUGAAAUGCCAGUUUGACUUCCGAGUGAAAGGUGUCACCAGCAUUUCUGCAGAUACCCACAAGUAUGGCUAUGCCCCGAAGGGCUCCUCAGUGAUAAUGUACAGUGAGAAGAAAUACCGGUACUACCAGUUUUUUGUGUCUACUGACUGGCAAGGAGGGAUCUACGCCUCCCCUGCUGUGGCUGGCUCCAGGCCUGGUGGCAUCAUUGCAGGUUGCUGGGCAACUAUGAUGCACCUGGGAGAAGAUGGCUAUGUGGAAGCCACCAGGAAGAUAAUUUCAACUGCACGGUUCCUUGAAACAGAGUUGCGGAAAAUGGACCACAUCUUUGUUGCUGGAAAUCCUGAGCUAUCUGUGAUCGCUGUUGGGUCUGACACAUUUGACAUAUUUCGGUUGGGAAAUAUGUUAGCGACGGCAGGAUGGAAUUUAACUAUGCUGCAGUACCCUUCAGGUCUCCAUAUUUCCCUAACAUUAUUGCACACAAAACCUGGCGUGGCAGAACAACUCUUGAAGGAUAUCCGAGAGUCCGUUUCUGAGAUCAUGAAGGACCCUAAAGCCAAAACUACUGGUGCGGGUGCCAUCUAUGGCUUGGCACAAGCCAUCCCAGACAGAAGCAUAAUCACGGAUAUUUCUCAUGUCUACUUGGACGCCUUGUACACCACUGAGUCCCGUACUUCUACUGACAAGCUCGGGAAUGGGUCUCCACAACACCACUGAUUCUGCAGUAACUUGUGCCUUCCAAGGAAAGAGAAUGUCUUUUAGCAGGGGCAUGUGGCAGCUCAGUGGCAUCCCUCUGUCUGACAGUGGCACAGACUUCGCAUAAGGGGUGGGCGCUCUGUUUUUUGUGAGUGUUCACAAGCAGCUAAUAGAAAUUUAAUACUAAUUUUAUAUUUUUUCAGGUGAGUGCACACUGCCAUAAACCUGAAAGAAAUAGCCGUAUUCAUGGCUAUUUCAUUCUGUAGUCCCUUGUAACUCAGGUGUUUGUUUAAAAUCUGUUCAUUCCCUGCCACUGUUCCCUUUGAAUCGAUCCUGUACUUCACUCGCCUGCAUUUUGUGUGUUGUAAUGUUGAAUGGUCAACCAUUGAGAAACUUUCUUUCCCUGAGUGAAGGCAAAAAGUAGAGGAAUGGUUUUUCAGAGCAGGAUCUUGAAUACUUUGUUCUGAUGCUUGUAGUCCUGAUUCUUUGUUCCUUUCCUUCCUCUCUCUGGUUUUACUUCCAGUGUCUACCCCUAUAGCCUUGCUGCUUUCUCUGGAGUUUUUACAGUACCGCCUUGUUGAGCUGAGCAAAAUGGUUAUUCAUUCCUUAGUAUGCAAUCUGAAGGGUUUGCACUAAGUUAAGAUGCUGCAGGCAGCAUACUUGGAAAGAUAACUGGGAUUCCUGGGUGCCAGCAUCAUUUGAUGAAGAGCCCGAAUACUAGAGCAGAUUCCAGCUCUGUAAGUGGGAGGUUUUGGAUAAGCAUGGCAACAACAGCUAACUAUUUACCUGCCAUUUUGAGUGCAAAAUGAUCACCUUUAUGUAGCAGUGGUCUCUAUUGUGCUCACUGUUAGGCAUGUUUUCAAAGGGGACUUACAGGUUUGCCUUAAUGCUGAUAGCAGUCCUUCUGGGAUGCCAAAGAUCAGCUGUUGACUGAAACUUCUUGAUGGUACUACACUGAAAAUAGCCUCAGGUACAAUACACUCCACCCUCCAUCAUACAGUGUUGUCCCAGCCAGACCUCUCCAGUUACCCCUCCCUCUUGCAUUCUAACCACGUUAAACUUUGGCCCUUUCAGUCUGCUGGUUUUCUAGAAACAAAGUAAGACUUGAAGUAAGGGGUAGAGUAUAGUUUGAAGUCCGAACUGAACCUAUGUCUGAAUGCCACUAGAUUUGUACUACCUUAUGGAAGCCUAGUACACCCAGAACUGAAGGAGGCGUGACAGAUGGCUUGCUCUCAGCUUGAUGGGUUCAGCACAGGGGGAUUAGUCUUCUUCACCAGUAGUAUAAUAUUUUGUCUUGGACACGCUGAAUGUAAAACAACUUGAAGGCUAUUGUCUGAGUGGAAAGUGAAACCUAAAGGGAACCAUUGUCAUUUAUCUUCUGUAUAACUGAUCCAAGUGGAAUAUACAAGUGUUUCCAUCUUUUGGCAAAA